AUGACGGGGACCGAGGACGGCACAGCCCAGCUGCCACUACGGCCCUUGACAGGGCGGACGUACCACUCAAAGUCCCGCGCCGGGUGCUUCACCUGUAAGAGGCGCCAUGUCCGCUGUGACGAGGCCCAGCCAACGUGCUCGUCCUGCAAGCGGCUCCUGCUGCGCUGCGAGUAUCCUGCAGGGCCGCACCGCCUGGCCAAGAAGGCUGCCCCGGCCAAGCAGCUAGCGAUGCAGCGGGUACUCGAGCCACGCAAACCCAGCAACAAGACCGGCUCUUGCUCGGCUGACGUUUACUCACACCGCGCUGAAACAGCUUCGGUGGCUCUGAUGAUGGCAAGAGGCGCCCAGAUAAGCAGGCCCCUCUGGACGGCCGAUGACUCGGCGCGGGCUGUUACGCAUGCCGCCUUUGCGACAUUCGACCCUGUGGGCUUUACACGGGAAUAUUUGUUCGCGGGCAUAGUGCCGCGCGAAAGCCUGUACAAGGACUACUACCGGUACGUCUGCCUCGCGGUCCGGGACCUGAGUAAGUCGACCAGCACGGCGGUGCGAGCUAUGGGCUUUGGCGUCCUUGGCCAUUUCGAGCACCUUAUCACUCCGACAUCCGGCAGCAAGGCUACCAACAGCAGCAGCGACACGUGGACCAGCAAAGACAAACAUCUCAUCUCGGCCGUCGGCAACUACGCUCGCGCCCUUGCGACCUUCAGGGAUGCCCUGCCAGAUAUGGCCCCUCCCGAUAUUGCCUAUGCGACCAUGUGUUUCGCCGUGCUCGAGCUGCUCAUGGGUAACUUCGGCUCCCGAAACACCAUCUGCGCUGCCGGCGUCGCUGUCCUUCGGCCUUAUGUCGUCUCUCCUCGAGAAGCACGGCCCGAUGGCGCGGUCCGAUAUGGUUUGCACGUACGCUUCGGCGACUCUAGAGCUUUGUGUAACAUAGAGGCUGUGGCAACCCGGUUCGCUGCGUAUAGUGUGUUGGAGGGGUUGGCGGCACCGCCUCCGGUCGUCGACACGACGAUUUCAGAUUCCCUGGCCGCCAGCAGUGGAAAGAAACCCUUGCUUCCAACAUUCCACAUCCCCGACAUACUCCCUAGCCCUGCUGAGGUGCGUGACGACGGAAAGAAGGACGGCGUCCUCGGUCUACUAGACUUCGACUCGCUACGACGCCAGUGGGAGGCUUUUCACGGUAUACUCGAGUCGUGGCUGCUCAGCCGAUAUUGGGUCAUCGCCAUCGGUAAUAGGCUCGACGCGGCACAACAUCUCGAUGACGAGGCUCGGCUACGUCAACACGCGGGCGUCUGGCGGCACAGGUUUCGCCGGGUGCUGGUGGCUGUCGAGAAGGAGCAGCAACAAAGAGCAGGACAGCAACGGAGCCAGGACGAUACCACGGAUGCCACAAUGGCCAGCCUCGAGAGGGACGCGACAACAAUCAGACUGCUGAGUGCGUACUUGCACUGCUUCGAGUUCUCCAUGGCCGCCACGGACUGUGCCCACCUCGCCGACAGUAGCGCUGGACGAGGUCUGGAGAGAGCCAGCACAACCUCGAGCGCACAACUGGGCCAAAUCCGCACAGAAGACGUGGACGCCGCGAGCCUGGUAACGCUCGCCUGCCUGCGGGCGCGAGAGAUCAACGGCUUCAGCCUGCUCGGGUUCGCCGACGUGUUCCUCGACCUCACGUUGCUCCCCGUGAUCCAUCGACAGGCAACACGGCAGGUCAGGGCCACCCGAAUGGGUAGCGGCGUGAUGGCACAAUCUUGUCACCAUAGCGGAGGACGAGACGAAGGACAUUGGCUGCUUAGUGCUGCUGCUCCAAGCACACGGGCAAGAGAGCUCGAGGCCGUUGUCAGUGAGCAGCAGCUCGCCCUCUGUGAUCUCUUGUACCGCGUCGCGGAGAGGUCAUUCGAGGAGCAUGAGGGGAUACUGGAAACCGUGACAGUGGCAGGUGGGCCGUCACAUUCACGGUCAACUUCCUCGCUGUCCUCGCCGACAUCGUCAACAUCUUCGCCAUCCAGGGCGGUCUCUAUCUCUUCAGCAACCGCGAGCCAUACCCAUACUUGGACCCCAUCCGAUAUGUCGUCCACUCAGCGCUCUUGCUCAUCAUCACCGUCCUCGCCUCCUUCUACACAACUAGCGCACGUAUGCUAUCAGAAAAUGCAACAGCAACAAUAUCAACAUCAACAUGAUUCCCACUACCCCCACGGCAACUUCCAAGCCUUGCCGCUCCUCGCCCGCAAGGAGCUCGCCCUCGCAUCUAUACGCAUGCACAUCGACUCGGCAUCGGCUGCGCUGCGCGACGGUCUCUUCUACGCGCGUGUCGUCGCAUGA